GUUUUUUUACCAAGUUGAAUCUUACAUGUCUCAUGAUUGGCCAUUUAUGGUAAUAGUCAGGCGAUUAAUUCACGUGAGACGUAGCCCUAGAUAUACCUCCAUUACAAACGUAAUCAGCAAUUCCACGUCUCAAUAUCUCCAGUGUGCAAGGUCGGAUAUUUAAAAAUUUACAUCGAGAAUGGCAGAUUCAUAUCAAGUCCUAGCUAUUUGCAUGUUACUGGUGGCAAUCAGCUGUGUUUCGCGCGCGCGUGAUUGUAUCCCUGUGCACGGAUAUGAGAGUUGCGCGUGCUAUUUUCCAGCAGUUAAUGACACAAGGGAAUAUGUCAACCUUCUACCAUUGAAGACAAAUUCGUCUUCUCCAAGGUAUGUCUUGUGCUCGUUGUGUAAAGUUGGGAAAAAUCAAGAACUGAAAAUCAGCAAUGCACAAGAAAAAACAAUUUAUUUUGAUUCACAGUGUAUCUGUACCAUAUGUUCAAAUGCUGUUCUUUAUAUCUUCAAACAGUACUUAUCAUUGACCAGUGCUUGCUGUUGUCAAGGAAAAUGUGGAAUUCCUCCUGAAAUCCCUUACACAGCAAAAACACCCACAGGCUCGUCGUCUAAGUCUGGAGGCCUUAAAAGUUGGGAAAUAGCUGUGAUAACGGUUGGAGGUGUCCUUUUGUUGGUCUUGAUCGCAUGUUUGGUGUUUUUUUGCGGCAAAAAGAGACGAGCAUACCAAACGAUUUAACGAGAAUGGUGUCCUUAAGACAGAGUCAAACUCGGCGUUUAACUUGGAAUCGAAUCGAAUAGUAUUUUUGAACACACACAUUACUCGAAAUCGAAAGGAAUCAACAAGAGGCUCUUAUUAAGAACAACGUCAGUCUCUGGGG